GUUUUGUUCAAGCUAAUAGCCAAGAAGGAAUCGUAACGACUAGUUUUAGCUUUGGCCACGUUGGCCUCUUGCAGUUAUUAGAGUCACGCCAAGGUUUCUGACCACAUAAAACGAUUUUUUUUUUUUGAUAAAACAAAAAUCUGCUCUGACUAAAAGCCCCAGUAAAACCCUACCUUUCAUUGACAGCCGUAGCUAAAGUUUAUUCAUUUUAUUCUCUUUCUCUUUGUCUCAAAAAUGGCAGCUUUGUGUCUUCGCAAUUUGAAUCAUUUCAGUUCAAUUCCCUUCUCGUCUCCUCCUCCUUGGAAUUUGAGUUUGGCUUUGAACAAUGGAGUCAGCUUAAAGAAAGGGAAGUUUGUGGCAUUAUUAUCAAGUCACUCUAAUCCCAAAAUUCUCAAGUCUAAUAAGAAGUCAAGGUUUGGUCAAAAGAUUACUCCUUACGAUAUUGAUGAGGAGGAGGAGGAAGAGGUGGAUGAGGAAGAAGGUGAAGAAUUUGAUGAAAAUGAUGAUAACAUGUUCGGAGAUGAUUGGUUGAUGAAUGAUGACUUUGCUGAAACUUAUGAAUAUGGCAUUAACGGGAAGAAAUUUAAAUCACAGAAGGGAAUUGUUAAAGAAGGAAACCGAAGACCACAAGAACAACACAAGGGCUCAAAAGCAUUAAAAUCAAGACAAGGUCUUAUCAUUGCUGAAGACCAAAUGGAUGUUGGAAAUGGUAAUGAUGUCCUAAAGAAGAGUAGUGUAGGAAACUUUUAUCAAACUUCUAACAAAGCGAAGGAAGUUGGUUCCUUUGGUAUUGAUGGAGGGAGGAAGCUGGUGUCAAGGACCUCUAAAGAGAACAGAUAUCCACGGUUGUCAGAUGAAAUCGAUCUGGAUGAGAAAUGGUUCCCUCUUCUUGAUUACCUAAGUAAUUUUGGGCUUAAAGAAUCAGAUUUUAUCCGAAUGUAUGCAAAAUACAUGCCUUGUCUUCGAAAGAAUGUGUGUUCUGCCCGGGAAAGGUUGGACUACUUGUUGAGUGUUGGUGUGAAGCAGAGAGACAUUAGAAGAAUACUUUUGAGACAACCACAAAUUCUAGAAUACACAGUGGAGAACAACUUAAAGUCCCAUGUGGCUUUCUUACUGGGUCUGGGGAUUCCUAAUUCCAGAAUAGGGCACAUAAUUGCUUACUCGCCUGCUGUGUUUUCAUAUAGUGUUGAAAAAUCAUUAAAACCCACAGUGAGAUACUUGAUUGAGGAGGUUGGUAUUAAAGAAAAUGAUUUAGGUAAAGUUGUACAGCUGAGCCCUCAGAUUCUACUUCAACGGAUUGACAUAUCCUGGAAUACUCGCUAUAUGUUUCUCUCAGAGGAGUUAGGAGCCCCCAGAGAUAGUGUUGUGAAAAUGGUAAAGAGACAUCCCCAGCUUCUUCAUUACAGCAUUGAUGAUGGAUUACUGCCCAAGAUAAAUUUCCUAAGGAGCAUUGGGAUGUGUAACUCUGAUAUCUUGAAAAUCUUGACUAGUCUUACCCAGGUGUUAUCUCUCUCUCUGGAGGACAAUCUAAAGCCUAAGUACAUGUACUUGAUCAAUGAACUUAAUAAUGAGGUGCACUCGUUGACUAAAUAUCCUAUGUACUUGAGCGUGUCAUUGAAUCAGAGAAUUCGACCCCGCCACCGAUUCUUGGUUUCCCUAAAGAAAGCUCCAAAGGGGCCAUUUCCUCUUAGUUCAUUGAUUCCAAGUGAUGAACGCUUUUGCCAGCAGUGGGCUGGAACUAGUUUAGAUAAAUAUUUGGCUUUUCGUCAAAGGUUGCUACUCAGUGAGUUCGCAAAGAAAUAUGAAAAGCAAUGAUAACAUGCUUCAAAAGCUUCUCGGUAGUGGAAUUCCUGUAGCAGAUUGGUCUCUCAUCCACUUCAAGCAGUCUAAUAUCCUAGUUCUCUGAAACUACUCGGCGGUUUUGGAGUGAUACACUGACUACAAUUUAGCAUAAGCCUUAGUUGCUCCGCAAGGGCUUUAUAUCUGAAAACAAGGUAUUGGAGUGAAAUUCAGAUUAUAAUUUUCUACAAGGCUAGGGUAAGCUAGAUAUGGUACCUCAGUAAUUUUAAAUCGAUUUGUUAGCUUGUUUUGCAUUUAAUUGUUUUGUGACAGUGUACCCUCCGAAAUCCCUGCAGCAGUUUCAUCUAGUCCAAGGCGUGUAGAUGAGAGUAUUAUACUAACUAGUGGCGACUGAUAGGUAUAGCAACUCCUCAUUCACGUCUUCUCAAUAAAAUUGUGAUGCCUGUAUCAUUGUGCACUAAAUUGUCUUUACUCCAGACAUACAUAUAAGCAAUGUAUUUACAUAUAAGCAAUGUAUUUAUCACUCCAUUAUCUGGUUGUGAAUUCUCGUUAGCAGUUAUUUUUAUGGUACUCUUUAUGCUUUCACAUGAUAUGUUAAUCUGAAUGAAGGCUGACAUCCUGACUGUAAUCAAGAGAACUCCUGAAACAAGUUGCAGUUAUUCAACUAGUAUUUCUACAGAUUUUCCUUUUUGUUUUACAUUUUAUGAAUGAUACACUUGCCAUUUCCACUCAACCCCUUGUGCUCAUCUUAUCACAGUCGUCUAUACCGGUGGAUGCCACUGUGAUGCAAUCCGAGCAAAUGGGGUAAUUGUAGAACAUAUAUACCAAUCAUUUCUUUUCUUACCAAAUCUUGUAGAACUUCAUUUUCUUUUCUUAUUUGUCCCCUUUAUGUACGAGUUGGAUAUUUUUAUUUCAACUUGCUUAAUAUCAUAUUAUGCCUAAGAUUCAGUCUAAUGUGGGUUUAGUGGGCUGGAUUUGGGAAGUGGCUCAUUGGCUAAGUACACUGCAAAUUCAUACAACUGUUUUUGACCUUUCCUCCAUAACCAAGAAAGGAUUAAUAAAACUAAAACUACAUAUUCAUUACUCAUUAGCAAUUGAAUGAACUCAAGAUCGCUCGAGGAGAGGAUUUAUAUUUCUUCUUGUGAAUGGUGGUGG